GAUAAUAUCUGGUGAGAUGAGGUCUGUAUGAGUUGGUGUAGAGUCGGUGGAGGGGUGCUGGAGAGCAGCAGAGUAGCAAGAGACUAUGGCCAGGUGACAGAGGACCUAGUAAACCAUGUUAAGGAGUUUGAACUUUAUCCUGAGGGCAAAAGGGGAGCCAGUGAAGGGUUUUAAGGCGAAGAGUGGCAUAGUGUGCCUAGAGUCUGGAAAGUUGCCUCAGCUGCUGCGUGCAAGUUUGGGAAGAGGAGAGCCCAGAGAGAAGCCUGGAACAAGACCCCAGAGCAGCCAGAAAGUGAGAGCUGGUGCGUGGUCCAUCCUUGUACAAAGCAGGCAUCUGGUCCAUGGGAGGCAUGUUUGCCCUAAAUGCAUGAUAUACAGGCAUUUCCUGGAAGGAAGUGGGUCUUGAGAGAAAAAGAGAGAUCAGCAUGGAAGAGCAGAGGACACAGAAGAAAGGGCCCAAAUCCACAUCGAGCUAAUGGGUCCCAAGUCCAACUCUAGCCCUGCCGACAAUAGCCCCCUGAAGUUCGUGAGAAGGCAAGCAGAAGAUGAGGAAUCUGAAGCUCCUGGAAGUAAAGGAGCCAUCGGAGGUCAGACAGAUGGACAGCGGGUGUAAAUGGCAGAGCUGGAAUUCAAAGCCAGGUGGGUCUGAUACUGGUCCUGGGCUCUCCACUGGCACAUUUGAAGGACAAUAUGGGGGAGACUGCAAGGGAAGUUCCCCAAGUGGAGCAAGGAGCCACUGACAAAAAUCCCAAAGGUAGAAGGGCAUUGUGGACCCAAGGCCAUGGGAGCGGCCAUUUCUGAAAAGCCAUAGUUUACCAUGGAGGGGAUGGAAGUCUUCCUGGAAGUGGUGCCGUUUGGGCUGACUAUAUAUCUCCAGCCCAGAAAGGGGGGCUUUUAAUAAUUCACCAGCUUCCGAGUGGUUUCACAUCAGACUUACGUGGCUUCAAAGACUAAUUGCGCCACUCUCCAGUUUAAAAACAAAUAAACAAAAACCAGCAUUAUUGAGACAUACUUGAUGUACAAUGAACAAUUCCUAUUUAAACUGCGUAAUUUUAUUUGCUUUGACAUAUGUGCAUACCCAUGAACCCAUCACCACAAUCAAGAGGAUGAACGUCUCCAUCACCCCAGAAGUUUCCUGGUAGCCUGGUGUUCAUUUAUCACACUCCCCUGGGGAUGGACAUUGUUUUCCCCAGUUGGGGAUCAUCAUAAAUACAGCUGCUAAGAACAUUCUUGCGCACGUCUCCAAGUGGACAGACACUCUCGUUACCCAGGGCAAGUGCUGAGGAGCGGCUCUGCUGAGUCAUGGAUCCUGGUAGCUAAUGUCAGAAGAAAGUGACUCUCUGCGAACCAGCCCCUCUGCGGCCUCGCUCUCAGAAAAUGAGCUGCCACCGCCGGCCGAGCCCCCCGGCUAUGUGUGCUCGCUGACCGAGGACCUGGUGACCAAAGCCAGGGAGGAGCUGCAGGAGAAGCCGGAAUGGAGACUUCGAGACGUGCAGGCCCUCCGUGACAUGGUGCGGAAGGAGUGCCCGAACCUGAGCACCUCCCUGGACGACGCCUUCCUGCUGCGCUUCCUCCGGGCCCGCAAGUUCGAUUACGACCGAGCCCUGCAGCUCCUGGUCAGUUACCACAGCUGCAGGAGAAGCUGGCCUGAGGUCUUCAACAACCUGAAGCCCUCGGCCUUAAAGGAUGUCCUCGCUUCGGGAUUCCUCACCGUGCUGCCCCACACCGACCCCCGGGGCUGCCACAUCCUGUGCAUGCGCCCAGACAGAUGGAUUCCGAGCAACUACCCAAUUACCGAAAACAUCCGAGCUAUAUACUUGACGUUAGAAAAACUCAUUCAGUCUGAAGAAACCCAAGUGAAUGGAAUCGUGAUUCUUGCGGACUACAAAGGAGUGAGCUUAUCAAAAGCAUCUCACUUUGGCCCUUUUAUAGCCAAAAAGGUGAUUGGCAUCCUUCAGGAUGGCUUCCCCAUUCGGAUAAAAGCAGUCCAUGUAGUGAAUGAACCUCGAAUAUUCAAAGGCAUUUUUGCCAUCAUAAAACCAUUUCUGAAGGAGAAAAUAGCGAACAGAUUUUUCCUCCAUGGGUCUGACCUGAACUCUCUCCACACAAGUCUUCCCAGAAGCAUUCUCCCCAAGGAGUACGGGGGCACGGCUGGAGAGCUGGAUAUCAGCGCCUGGAAUGCAGUGCUGCUGGCCUCGGAGGAGGACUUCGUGAGGGAGUUCUGCCAGCCGGUCUCUGUGUGCGACAGCAUCCUGGGCCAGGCCCUCCCGCCUGAGGGGCUGACCUCGGACGCGCAGUGUGAUGAUUCCCUGCGGGCCGUGAAGUCCCAGCUCUACUCCUGCUAUUAGCCAGUCCCUGUGAGUGCCACCCUCUUGAAAUCCUUUCCUUUUUCUUUGGAGAGGCGCAAGGAGAAUUUGAGGUGCCGUGGAGUCUGUCUUGCUCCUUGUAAUUAAAUUAAAGCCUAUAGAGUCUGAGGGUGAGCCAUGGGGUAAGCCCUUGGUGACUUGAAUUAAUCCAUGGAAGACACGGAAGAUGUCCCCAGUGAUUCCCAAACGUUUGGAAUCCCAGUUUGCAGCCACUAACCUGGAAGCUGUAUCUGGUUCUUAGAGAUCUUGGAACAAGAGAAAUAAGGAUCAAAUCACUUUGGUCUCCCAUUCCGGGAGAAAACCACCUGACUGGCUGGUCAGCACACUCCUGUAAAAGAACCUCCUGGCUGUGCCUACAAGAUGGCCACACAGGAGACUUCAGGAGUUUGUGUCUUUCAUCUGAACCCUAACAACAGACUUGGGUUGCUCACCAGGAAGUUUCUAGUUGGAGGCCCAGACCUCAGCUGCCACACUGGGUUUGGAAAGCACCUUAAUUGACUCACGGGAGCAUCAGGACAUAAGCAGCACCUCCUGAUCAAAUUUGGGAGCCAGAGGCGUCAGAGAACCUCUGGGAUUCAUUGACUGACUCUUGCAAUAGAAACGGAAGUUUUCCCAAACCCACAAAGCCUUAUCCCUGGUUCUCAAUACAAUCAUACAGGAUCCUAGAGGGAUGUGAUUCUACUUAACCUAAAAUGCUAGACGCCAGGCCCGAGGAGCUGAAAGAAUUCUGGCCCAAGAAUGAAGAGACCAGGACUCCAGCCUCAGAAAUAUGGACUGUAGACAAGACCUCAUGGACCUCUGUGGCCCUCACCCUUCUCAUCUAUAAAAUGAAGCUGGAUGAAAUGACACCUAGGGCCUUGGCUGACGUUCUGGGAUUUGGUUUAGUAAUUGAAUGCUAGGCAUUUGUUUUCUGCCUAGAUGGCUCUCAAAGAGGCAAGUGGUUGGAUCCCGCUUUUUUGUGGUAUACCUGGGCCUUUCCAAGAGGCUUGUGUCGCCAUCUGGCCCUGCCUUUAAGGAAAGUGUAUGUAUAUUCUUGGGACCUGGCGAUAACCAACUUCUUUUUGUAGGGAGGGUUAAACUGGAAAGGGCAGGGGAGAUGACCUAGGUUUGUGUGAAUUCCUUCUAUCCCUGAGGCUCUGGCCAUGCACUGGAAACCUGGCAGCAGGGAAUGGCUAAUUACUUGGGAUUCGUAGAUUUUGGUCUCUGGAAACGAAUGUUAAGUGCGUGCUAUCGCCCGGUCAUUUCCGGGGCCCCUGUCCUCCCAGACACACUUGCAUUUCUCUCUCUCUGGUACGGGUGGACUUGUCCAGCCAGCGAGACCGAAUGUUAGCUCUUGUGUUUCAGCACCUCAGACCCUUCCUAUCAGAACUUCAGCCUUAGCCCAACCAUCGAACUAGGUGGUUCUUCUGGUGGCUUUUGACCUAUUUCCUUUCAUAUGAAUUCCGUAAAAAUUCAUGCAUUUCUGAAACCAGCAGGCAAGGGGACCAUCUGUGAGGAGGAGGGCAGCGCUCUGAAAGGCAAAGGCCCGUCUACCGUGAAUAAGCUCGUCAUCUUCAUACGCUGUUUAAAAUGCCUGGAGAAGGUGGAAAUGACUCACCUCAUCAGUGCCAAGUCCAGGGAACGCUCUGCCCUGUGGGUACCAACCCUGGAUCCUCUAGGGACCACGCCGAGCUGCAAGUGCCAGCAUGCAGGCCCCUGGCAGCCCCCACUUCCGUCUGCUAGGAACAGCGUGACCAGCUCUGCUG